UAUUCCGCUGCACUUUAGAAACAAGUUUAAAAUCAAUUCCUCUCAGCAAAUUCAGGUACAUACCUACACCCUUACCCUUUUAAGACAGAUUCAUCGUCCAUCUUUACCUCUGCAAGAGAUAAUUGCACAGGUAUAUCGGCUCGCCAGAUCCAGGUGACCAAUGUAUGAAGCAACUCUUCAGUCAGGAAGCUUCACCAAAUCAACAACAAACAUCAAGACAAUGUCCAAGAGGACAUGUGAUCAUGGAUUGUUUGUUACUUUUCUUUACAAUAACCUUCAGUUUUGGUCUCGUUUGGUCGAGUUGGGAGUGCUUCGAUGAAGAACCCUUCUGUGACCAUCUUGUUCGAAAUAUGUCUUGCUUUGGUGCUUAUAAACUAGGGAAACCAGGGCGAGAUGUGAUUUUGCACCGAGGCCAUGCCAGUCGAACCCAAUCCCGAUGUCGGGUUAGUUGUCGACGUCAAUUUGAAGCCAAUCGGGACAAGUUGACUCCCGAGGAAGUAAUGCACUUUUUGGAAUCGGGCGGUGCUAAUGACACGGUCCAAGAUCCAUUUGGUUACGAGUAUGAUGUCUGUGACCUUAGAAAAGGAUUCACUAAUGUGGCACGAGAAAAUCUGUUCUCAUAUUGGGAACAUUUCUAUGGCACCGAACAUGAGAUCUACACAAGGGUGCCUAAUUUUACCGAAGUGGGUUUUGAGAAGGUACAGGUUCCAAACGUGAUUUGGGGCGACAUUCUCGAUUUUUACAAGCACAAGAAGAAACGAUCAGAACCGUCUUGGCUUCGAGAGGAGGGAUGUGCCUUGGGGAUUCAUUUCUGUGAAGAGGCUUACGAAACCGAGUCCGAAUGCCACAUACGUAAUGUGACCAAAAUGGAGUACAUGAAACUCAAUCCUGAUCUUCUUCGUCGCAUUUUGAAAAGCCUGCAUGGUCCAGCUGAAAAGUGGUCUGGAUUGGAAUUGGACCCACAAGUGGCCUAUGGAAUUAGGCGGUACAAACGUGGCUCUUGGAUGGCUGCUCACAUUGACACUAUCCGCACUCAUGUGAUAAGUGCAAUCAUCAAUGUCAAUCAAAAAGUGGACGAACCUUGGCCUUUGGAUAUAUUUGAUCACAAUCGCAAGCAUCACAAGAUUACCAUGAAACCUGGUGAAAUGAUUUGGUAUGAGAGUGCCAGGUUACUCCACGGGCGCGUUCAACCAUUGAAAGGAAAAUAUUUUGACAAUAUUUUCGUACACUUUAGUCCCACUUCGUUCAGAAAUUGGAUUCCCAUUGAUAUAUAUGAUUAACUUGUUCAACAAAUUCAUUCUAAAAUAUAUUUGGUCAAAAUUUU